AUGGGUGAUGGAGGAGAGGGCGAGGACGAGGUCCAAUUCCUGCGGACGAACGUGCCCCCCGACCUGGCCAUCUGCUGCUUCAUCCUGGAGCAGUCCCUGUCUGUCCGAGCCCUGCAGGAGAUGCUGGCCAACACCGUGGAGGCUGGUGCAGAGUCGUCCCAGGGCGGGGGACACAGGACGCUCCUGUAUGGCCACGCUAUCCUGCUCCGACACGCUCACAGCCGCAUGUAUCUGAGCUGCCUCACCACCUCCCGCUCCAUGACUGACAAGCUGGCCUUCGACGUGGGGCUGCAAGAGGAUGCAACAGGAGAAGCCUGUUGGUGGACGAUGCACCCAGCCUCCAAGCAGAGGUCUGAAGGAGAAAAGGUCCGAGUCGGGGAUGACCUCAUCCUCGUUAGUGUCUCCUCUGAGCGCUACCUGCACCUGUCCACAGCCAGUGGGGAGCUUCAGGCUGAUGCGUCCUUCAUGCAGACACUGUGGAACAUGAACCCCAUCUGUUCCUGCUGCGAAGAAGGCUACGUCACUGGGGGCCACGUGCUGCGCCUCUUCCAUGGACACAUGGACGAGUGUCUGACCAUUUCCCCCGCCGACAGUGAGGACCAGCGCAGACUUGUCUUCUAUGAGGGGGGAGCUGUAUGCACCCAUGCCCGCUCCCUCUGGAGACUGGAGCCACUGCGAAUCAGCUGGAGCGGGAGCCAUCUGCGCUGGGGGCAGCCGCUUCGCAUCCGGCACGUCACCACGGGACGGUACCUGGCGCUCACCGAGGACCAGGGCCUGGUGGUGGUCGAUGCCAGCAAGGCCCACACCAAGGCCACCUCCUUCUGCUUCCGUAUCUCCAAGGAGAAGCUGGAUGUGGCUCCCAAGCGGGAUGUGGAAGGCAUGGGCCCCCCCGAGAUCAAGUACGGGGAGUCACUGUGCUUUGUGCAGCACGUGGCCUCAGGCCUGUGGCUCACCUAUGCAGCCCCGGACCCCAAGGCCCUGAGGCUCGGCGUGCUCAAGAAGAAGGCCAUGCUGCACCAGGAAGGCCACAUGGAUGACGCACUGUCCCUGACCCGCUGCCAGCAGGAGGAGUCCCAGGCCGCCCGCAUGAUCUACAGCACAGCUGGGCUGUAUAACCAGUUCAUCAAGGGCCUGGACAGCUUCAGCGGGAAGCCGCGGGGCUCGGGUCCGCCAGCUGGCACCGCGCUGCCUAUCGAGGGCGUGGUCCUGAGCCUGCAGGACCUCAUCGGCUACUUUGAGCCGCCCUCGGAGGAGCUGCAGCACGAGGAAAAGCAGACCAAGCUGCGCAGCCUUCGCAACCGCCAGAGCCUCUUCCAGGAGGAGGGCAUGCUCUCCCUGGUCUUGAAUUGCAUUGACCGCCUAAAUGUCUACACCACCGCAGCCCACUUUGCCGAAUUUGCAGGAGAAGAGGCAGCUGAGUCCUGGAAAGAGAUAGUCAACCUGCUCUACGAACUCCUGGCCUCUCUGAUCCGGGGCAAUCGCACCAACUGUGCCCUCUUCUCCACCAACUUGGACUGGUUGGUCAGCAAGCUGGAUCGGCUGGAAGCCUCCUCCGGGAUCCUGGAGGUGCUGUACUGCGUCCUCAUCGAGAGUCCCGAGGUCCUGAACAUCAUCCAGGAGAACCACAUCAAGUCCAUCAUCUCCCUGCUAGACAAGCACGGGAGGAACCACAAGGUCCUGGACGUGCUGUGUUCCCUGUGUGUGUGCAAUGGCGUGGCCGUGCGCUCCAACCAAGACCUCAUCACCGAGAACUUGCUGCCGGGCCGCGAGCUCCUGCUGCAGACUGACCUCAUCAACUAUGUCACCAGCAUCCGCCCCAACAUCUUCGUGGGCCGAGCAGAGGGCUCCACGCAGUACUGCAAGUGGUACUUCGAGGUGAUGGUGGACGAGGUGGCCCCGUUCCUGACGGCGCGGGCCACUCACCUGCGGGUGGGCUGGGCCCUGACCGAGGGCUACAGCCCCUACCCCGGGGGCGGCGAGGGCUGGGGCGGCAACGGCGUGGGCGACGACCUCUACUCCUAUGGCUUCGAUGGGCUGCAUCUCUGGACAGGACACGUGGCCCGUCCAGUGACUUCCCCGGGACAGCACCUCCUGGCGCCUGAGGACGUGGUCAGCUGCUGCCUUGACCUCAGCGUGCCGUCCAUCUCCUUCCGCAUCAACGGCUGCCCCGUGCAGGGUGUCUUCGAGGCCUUCAACUUGGACGGGCUCUUCUUCCCUGUCGUCAGCUUCUCGGCUGGCAUCAGGGUGCGGUUCCUCCUCGGUGGCCGCCAUGGAGAAUUCAAGUUCCUCCCUCCUCCCGGCUACGCCCCGUGCCAUGAGGCUGUGCUCCCAAGAGAGCGACUCCAUCUGGAACCCAUCAAGGAGUAUCGGCGGGAGGGUCCCCGAGGCCCCCACCUGGUGGGCCCCAGCCGCUGCCUCUCACACAUGGACUUUGUGCCCUUCCCCGUGGACACAGUCCAGAUUGUCCUGCCCCCCCACCUGGAGCGUAUUCGGGAGAAGCUGGCGGAGAACAUCCAUGAGCUCUGGGCGCUGACCCGCAUCGAGCAGGGCUGGACCUACGGCCCGGUUCGGGAUGACAAUAAAAGGCUGCACCCGUGUCUUGUGGACUUCCACGACCUUCCAGAGCCAGAGAGGAACUACAACCUGCAGAUGUCGGGGGAGACCCUUAAGACCCUGCUGGCGCUGGGCUGCCACGUGGGCAUGGCGGAUGAGAAGGCGGAAGACAAUCUGAAGAAAACGAAGCUCCCCAAGACGUACAUGAUGAGCAACGGGUACAAGCCGGCACCGCUGGACCUGAGCCACGUGCGGCUGACGCCGGCGCAGACCACGCUGGUGGACCGGCUGGCGGAGAACGGGCACAACGUGUGGGCACGAGACCGCGUGGCCCAGGGCUGGAGCUACAGCGCCGUGCAGGACAUCAUCGCGCGCCGGAACCCUCGGCUCGUGCCCUACCGCCUGCUGGACGAGGCGACCAAGCGCAGCAACCGCGACAGCCUCUGCCAGGCCGUGCGCACCCUGCUGGGCUACGGCUACAACAUCGAGCCCCCAGACCAGGAGCCCAGUCAGGUGGAGAGCCAGUCUCGGUGGGACCGUGUGCGCAUCUUCCGGGCAGAGAAAUCCUACGCGGUGCAGGGCGGUCGCUGGUACUUCGAGUUCGAGGCGGUCACCACCGGCGAGAUGCGCGUGGGCUGGGCGAGGCCCGAGCUGCGCCCUGACGUGGAGCUGGGGGCUGAUGAGUUGGCCUAUGUCUUCAACGGGCACCGCGGCCAGCGCUGGCACUUGGGCAGCGAGCCAUUUGGGCGUCCCUGGCAGCCUGGUGAUGUUGUGGGCUGCAUGAUCGACCUCUCGGAGAACAACAUCAUCUUCACCCUCAAUGGCGAGAUCCUUAUGUCCGACUCGGGCUCUGAAACAGCCUUCCGGGAUAUUGAGAUUGGAGACGGCUUCCUGCCCGUCUGCAGCUUGGGACCUGGCCAGGUGGGUCACCUGAACUUAGGCCAGGACGUAAGCUCCCUGCGAUUCUUUGCCAUCUGCGGCCUCCAGGAAGGCUUUGAGCCAUUCGCCAUCAACAUGCAGCGCCCAGUCACCACAUGGUUCAGCAAAAGCCUUCCCCAGUUCGAUGCUGUGCCUCUCGAACACCCCCACUAUGAGGUGGCCCGCAUGGACGGCACCGUGGACACGCCCCCCUGCCUGCGCCUGACCCACCGCACCUGGGGCUCCCAGAACAGCCUAGUGGAGAUGCUUUUUCUCCGGCUCAGUCUGCCAGUCCAGUUCCACCAGCACUUCCGCUGCACGGCAGGGGCCACCCCUCUGGCACCCCCUGGCCUGCAGCCCCCCGCUGAGGAUGAGGCCCGAGCAGCAGAACCUGACUCCGACUAUGAAAACCUGUGUCGUUCAGCUGGGCGCUGGGGCGAGGCUGAGGGGGGCAAAGAGGGAGCUGCCAAGGAGGGGGCGCCCGGGAGUAACGCCCAGGCCGGAGUGGAGGCCCAGUCUGCCAGGGCGGAAAAUGAGAAGGAUGCUACCACAGAGAAGAACAAGAAGAGAGGAUUCUUGUUCAAGGCCAAGAAGGUCGCCAUGAUGACCCAGCCACCAACCACCCCUGCUCUGCCCCGACUCCCUCGGGAGGUGGUGCCGACCGAUGACCGAGACGACCCUGAGAUCAUCCUCAGCACUACCACGUACUAUUACUCCGUGAGGAUCUUCGCUGGCCAGGAGCCCAGCUGCGUGUGGGUGGGCUGGGUCACCCCUGACUACCAUCAACAUGACAUGAACUUCGACCUCAGCAAAGUUCGGGCAGUGACCGUGACCAUGGGGGAUGAACAAGGCAACGUCCACAGCAGCCUCAAGUGCAGCAACUGCUACAUGGUGUGGGGCGGGGACUUCGUGAGCCCCGGGCAGCAGGGCCGGAUCAGCCACACGGACCUGGUCAUCGGCUGCCUGGUGGACCUGGCCACUGGCCUGAUGAACUUCACGGCCAACGGCAAAGAGAGCAACACCUUCUUCCAGGUGGAACCCAAUACCAAGCUGUUUCCCGCUGUCUUUGUCUUGCCGACCCACCAGAACGUCAUCCAGUUUGAGUUGGGGAAGCAGAAGAACAUCAUGCCGCUGUCUGCUGCCAUGUUUCUGAGUGAGCGCAGGAACCCGGCCCCGCAGUGCCCGCCGCGCCUCGAGAUGCAGAUGCUGAUGCCCGUCUCGUGGAGCCGCAUGCCCAACCACUUCCUGCAGGUGGAGACGCAUCGAGCUGGUGAGCGGCUGGGCUGGGCCGUGCAGUGCCAGGAGCCGCUGACCAUGAUGGCGCUACACAUCCCAGAGGAGAACAGGAGCAUGGACAUCCUGGAGCUGUCUGAGCGUCUGGACCUGCAGCGCUUCCACUCCCACACGCUCCGCCUGUACCGCGCCGUGUGCGCCCUGGGCAAUAACCGCGUGGCGCAUGCGCUGUGCAGCCACGUGGACCAGGCCCAGCUGCUGCACGCGCUGGAGGACGCGCACCUGCCCGGCCCGCUGCGUGCCGGCUACUACGACCUCCUCAUCAGCAUCCACCUCGAAAGCGCCUGCCGCAGCCGCCGCUCCAUGCUCUCCGAGUACAUCGUGCCCCUCACGGCCGAGACCCGCGCCAUCACGCUCUUCCCCCCUGGAAAGACCGAGGAUGACGGUCCCCGCCGCCACGGCCUGCCCGGCGUUGGCGUCACCACCUCUCUGCGGCCUCCACACCACUUCUCACCCCCCUGUUUCGUAGCUGCCCUGCCAGCUGCUGGGGUGGCGGAAGCCCCCACCCGCCUCAGCCCCAGCAUCCCUCUGGAGGCCCUCAGGGACAAAGCGCUGAGGAUGCUGGGGGAGGCAGUGCGCGACGGCGGGCAGCACGCGCGCGACCCGGUGGGCGGCUCGGUGGAGUUCCAGUUUGUGCCGGUGCUCAAGCUUGUGUCCACACUGCUGGUGAUGGGCGUCUUUGGCGAUGAGGACGUGAAGCAGAUACUGAAGAUGAUUGAGCCUGAGGUAUUCACUGAAGAAGAAGAGGAGGAGGAAGAAGAGGAGGAGGAGGAGGAAGAAGAGGAUGAGGAGGAGAAGGAGGAGGAUGAGGAAGAAGAGGCUCAGGAGAAGGAAGAUGAGGGAAAAGAAGAGGAAACAGCUGAAGGGGAAAAGGAAGAAGGCUUGGAGGAGGGCCUGCUCCAGAUGAAGCUGCCUGAGUCUGUGAAGCUGCAGAUCAACAUGCUGUUGCACUUCAAAGAUGGUGCUAAUGAGGAAGAUUGUCCCCUCCCUGAGGACAUCAGAGAGGAACUGCUGACAUUUCAUCAAGACCUGCUGGCACAUUGUGGAAUUCAGCUGAAGGGAGAAGAGGAGGAACCAGAGGAAGAGGCCACGCUGGGCAGCCGCCUGAUGAGCCUGCUGGAGAAAGUGCGGCUGGUAAAGAAGAAAGAAGAGAAGCCCGAGGAGGAGCCUCCCGCUGAGGAGAGCAAACCCAAGUCGCUGCAGGAGUUGGUGUCCCACACGGUGGUGCGCUGGGCCCAGGAGGACUUUGUGCAGAGCCCAGAGCUGGUCCGGGCCAUGUUCAGCCUCCUGCACCGCCAGUACGACGGGCUCGGGGAGCUGCUGCGCGCCCUGCCGCGGGCAUACACCAUCUCGCCGUCCUCCAUGGAGGACACCAUGAGCCUGCUCGAGUGCCUGGGCCAGAUCCGGUCGCUGCUCAUCGUGCAGAUGGGCCCCCAGGAGGAGAACCUCAUGAUCCAGAGCAUUGGAAACAUCAUGAACAACAAAGUCUUCUAUCAGCAUCCCAACCUGAUGCGGGCUCUGGGCAUGCAUGAGACUGUCAUGGAGGUGAUGGUCAAUGUCCUCGGGGGUGGUGAGUCGAAGGAGAUUCGCUUCCCCAAGAUGGUGACAAGCUGUUGCCGCUUUCUCUGCUACUUCUGCCGCAUUAGCCGGCAGAACCAGCGCUCCAUGUUUGACCACCUGAGCUACCUGCUGGAGAACAGUGGCAUCGGCCUGGGCAUGCAGGGCUCCACGCCCCUGGACGUGGCCGCCGCCUCCGUCAUUGACAACAACGAGCUGGCCUUGGCGUUACAGGAGCAGGACCUGGAGAAGGUGGUGUCAUACCUGGCAGGCUGUGGCCUCCAAAGCUGCCCCAUGCUCCUGGCCAAAGGGUACCCGGACAUUGGCUGGAACCCCUGUGGCGGCGAACACUACCUGGAUUUCCUGCGCUUCGCUGUCUUUGUCAACGGUGAGAGUGUGGAGGAGAACGCCAACGUGGUGGUCCGGCUGCUCAUCCGCAAGCCCGAGUGCUUUGGGCCCGCCCUGCGGGGCGAGGGCGGCUCCGGGCUGCUGGCAGCCAUUGAAGAGGCCAUCCGCAUCUCCGAGGACCCGGCCCGGGAUGGCCCUGGCGUCCGCAGGGACCGGCGGCGUGAGCACUUCGGCGAGGAGCCCCCGGAGGAGAACCGUGUGCACCUGGGACACGCCAUCAUGUCCUUCUACGCCGCCCUGAUCGACCUGCUGGGACGCUGUGCCCCAGAGAUGCAUCUAAUCCAAGCUGGCAAGGGUGAGGCGCUGCGGAUCCGCGCCAUCCUGCGCUCCCUCGUGCCCCUGGAUGACCUCGUGGGCAUCAUCAGCCUCCCACUACAGAUCCCCACCCUGGGCAAAGAUGGGGCCCUGGUACAGCCAAAGAUGUCGGCAUCCUUUGUGCCGGACCACAAGGCAUCCAUGGUGCUCUUCCUGGACCGCGUGUACGGCAUCGAGAAUCAGGACUUCUUGCUGCACGUGCUGGAUGUGGGGUUCCUGCCCGACAUGCGGGCAGCUGCCUCCUUGGACACGGCCACUUUUAGCACCACGGAGAUGGCGCUGGCGCUGAACCGCUACCUGUGCCUGGCGGUGCUGCCGCUCAUCACCAAGUGCGCGCCGCUCUUCGCGGGCACGGAGCACCGCGCCAUCAUGGUGGACUCCAUGCUGCACACGGUGUACCGCCUGUCCCGCGGCCGCUCGCUCACCAAGGCGCAGCGCGACGUCAUCGAGGACUGUCUCAUGGCGCUCUGCAGGUACAUCCGCCCGUCCAUGCUGCAGCACUUGCUGCGCCGGCUGGUGUUCGACGUGCCCAUCCUGAACGAGUUCGCCAAGAUGCCACUCAAGCUCCUCACCAACCAUUACGAGCGCUGUUGGAAAUAUUACUGCCUCCCCACCGGUUGGGCUAGCUUCGGGGUCACCUCGGAGGAGGAGCUGCACCUCACUCGCAAGCUCUUCUGGGGCAUUUUUGACUCCCUGGCACAUAAGAAAUAUGACCCAGAGCUGUACCGCAUGGCCAUGCCCUGCUUGUGCGCCAUCGCAGGGGCUCUGCCCCCCGAUUAUGUGGACGCUUCGUAUUCAUCCAAGGCGGAGAAAAAGGCCACGGUGGACGCAGAAGGCAACUUUGAUCCUCGGCCUGUGGAGACCCUCAACGUGAUCAUCCCAGAGAAGCUUGACUCCUUCAUCAACAAGUUCUCGGAGUAUACGCAUGAGAAGUGGGCCUUUGACAAGAUCCAGAACAGCUGGUCCUACGGGGAGAACAUAGACGAGGAGCUGAAGACCCACCCCAUGCUGAGGCCUUACAAGACCUUUUCAGAAAAGGACAAAGAAAUAUACCGCUGGCCCAUCAAGGAGUCCUUGAAGGCCAUGAUUGCCUGGGAGUGGACCAUAGAGAAGGCCAGGGAGGGUGAAGAGGAGAAGAUGGAGAAGAAGAAAACACGGAAGAUAUCCCAGAGCACCCAGACUUAUGACCCCAGAGAAGGCUACAAUCCCCAGCCCCCGGACCUCAGUGGGGUGACCCUUUCCCGGGAGUUGCAGGCCAUGGCUGAACAACUGGCAGAAAAUUACCACAACACGUGGGGGCGCAAAAAGAAGCAGGAGCUGGAGGCCAAGGGUGGUGGGACCCAUCCCCUGCUGGUUCCCUACGACACACUCACGGCCAAGGAGAAAGCACGAGAUCGAGAGAAGGCCCAGGAGCUGCUGAAGUUCCUGCAGAUGAACGGCUACGCGGUUACCAGAGGCCUGAAGGACAUGGAGCUGGACACAUCUUCCAUCGAGAAAAGGUUCGCCUUUGGCUUCCUGCAGCAGUUGCUGCGCUGGAUGGACAUUUCCCAGGAGUUCAUCGCCCAUCUGGAGGCCGUGGUCAGCAGUGGGCGAGUGGAAAAGUCCCCACAUGAACAGGAGAUCAAAUUCUUUGCCAAGAUACUGCUCCCCUUGAUCAACCAGUACUUCACCAACCACUGCCUCUAUUUCCUGUCCACACCGGCCAAAGUGCUGGGCAGUGGUGGCCACGCCUCCAACAAGGAGAAGGAAAUGAUCACCAGCCUCUUCUGCAAACUUGCUGCUCUUGUGCGUCACCGAGUCUCUCUCUUUGGGACGGAUGCCCCGGCUGUGGUCAACUGUCUCCACAUCCUGGCCCGCUCCCUGGACGCCAGGACAGUGAUGAAGUCAGGCCCCGAGAUCGUGAAGGCUGGUCUCCGCUCCUUCUUCGAGAGCGCCUCGGAGGACAUAGAGAAGAUGGUGGAGAACCUGCGGCUAGGCAAGGUGUCCCAGGCGCGCACGCAGGUGAAGGGCGUGGGCCAGAACAUCACCUACACCACCGUGGCCCUGCUGCCCGUCCUCACCACCCUCUUCCAGCACGUCGCCCAGCACCAGUUUGGAGAUGACGUCAUCUUGGAUGAUGUCCAGGUCUCUUGCUACCGAACGCUGUGCAGUAUCUACUCUCUGGGAACCACCAGGAACCCUUAUGUGGAAAAGUUGCGGCCCGCCCUGGGGGAAUGCCUGGCCUGCCUGGCAGCGGCCAUGCCCGUGGCGUUCUUGGAGCCCGAGCUGAACGAGUAUAACGCCUGCUCGGUGUACACCACCAAGUCUCCCCGGGAGCGAGCCAUCCUGGGGCUCCCCAACAGUGUGGAGGAGAUGUGCCCUGACAUCCCGGUGCUGGAACGGCUCAUGGCAGACAUCGGGGGGCUGGCCGAGUCGGGGGCCCGCUACACGGAGAUGCCCCACGUCAUUGAGAUCACGCUGCCCAUGUUGUGCAGCUACCUGCCCCGCUGGUGGGAGCGCGGGCCCGAGGCACCCCCACCAGCCCUGCCUGCCGGGGCGCCCCCACCCUGCACGGCCGUCACCUCCAACCACCUCAACUCCCUGCUGGGGAACAUCCUGAGAAUCAUCGUCAACAACCUGGGCAUCGAUGAGGCCUCGUGGAUGAAGCGGCUCGCGGUGUUUGCGCAGCCCAUCGUGAGCCGGGCGCGGCCCGAGCUCCUGCACACACACUUCAUCCCCACCAUCGGGCGUCUGCGCAAGCGGGCGGGCAAGGUGGUGGCCGAGGAGGAGCAGCUGCGGCUGGAGGCCAAGGCGGAAGCCGAGGAGGGCGAGCUCCUGGUGCGGGACGAGUUCUCCGUGCUCUGCCGCGACCUGUACGCCCUCUACCCGCUGCUCAUCCGCUACGUGGACAACAACAGGGCACACUGGCUGACGGCACCGGACCCCAGUGCCGAGGAGCUCUUCAGGAUGGUGGGCGAGAUCUUUAUCUACUGGUCCAAGUCCCACAACUUUAAGCGUGAGGAGCAGAACUUUGUGGUCCAGAAUGAGAUCAACAACAUGUCCUUUCUGACCGCGGACAACAAGAGCAAAAUGGCCAAGGCGGGAGAAGUACAGUCGGGUGGCUCCGACCAGGAGCGCACCAAGAAGAAGCGCAGAGGGGACCGGUACUCCGUGCAGACGUCACUCAUCGUGGCCACGCUCAAGAAGAUGCUGCCCAUCGGCCUGAACAUGUGUGCUCCCACCGACCAGGAGCUCAUCACGCUGGCCAAGACCCGCUACGCCCUGAAAGACACAGAUGAGGAGGUGCGUGAAUAUCUGCAGAACAACCUUCAUCUCCAGGGAAAGGUCGAAGGCUCCCCCUCGCUGCGCUGGCAGAUGGCCCUGUACCGGGGCCUCCCGGGCCGUGAGGAGGACGCUGACGACCCCGAGAAGAUUGUACGCAGGGUCCAGGAAGUGUCUGCGGUGCUUUAUCAUCUGGAGCAGACUGAGCACCCUUACAAGUCCAAGAAGGCUGUGUGGCACAAACUCUUGUCCAAGCAGCGCCGGAGGGCAGUCGUUGCCUGUUUCCGCAUGACUCCCCUGUACAACUUGCCCACCCACCGGGCUUGUAAUAUGUUCCUGGAGAGCUACAAGGCCUCCUGGAUCUUGACUGAAGACCACAGUUUCGAGGACCGCAUGAUAGAUGACCUUGCAAAAGCUGGGGAGCAGGAGGAAGAAGAGGAAGAGGUGGAAGAGAAGAAGCCAGAUCCCCUGCACCAACUGGUCCUGCACUUCAGCCGCACAGCCCUGACUGAGAAGAGCAAGCUGGAGGAGGAUUACCUGUACAUGGCCUAUGCGGACAUCAUGGCAAAGAGCUGCCACCUGGAGGAGGGGGAGGAGAAUGCCGAAGCUGAAGAGGAGGAGUCUGAGGUUUCCUUUGAGGAGAAGGAGAUGGAGAAGCAGAGGCUCCUGUAUCAGCAGGCGCGGCUGCACAACCGCGGGGCUGCGGAGAUGGUGCUCCAGAUGAUCAGCGCCUGCAAAGGAGAGACGGGCGCCAUGGUGUCCUCCACCCUGAAGCUGGGCAUCUCCAUCCUGAAUGGAGGCAAUGCCAAUGUGCAACAGAAAAUGCUGGAUUAUCUGAAGGACAAGAAGGAAGUUGGCUUCUUCCAGAGUAUCCAGGCGUUGAUGCAGACGUGCAGCGUCCUGGAUCUCAACGCCUUCGAGAGGCAGAACAAGGCAGAGGGGCUGGGCAUGGUGAAUGAAGACGGAACUGUCAUCAACCGCCAGAACGGAGAGAAGGUCAUGGCCGAUGAUGAAUUCACCCAAGACCUAUUCCGAUUCCUGCAGUUGCUCUGUGAAGGGCACAAUAAUGAUUUCCAAAAUUACCUACGGACGCAGACAGGGAACACGACCACUAUCAAUAUCAUCAUCUGCACAGUGGACUACCUCCUGCGGCUACAGGAGUCCAUCAGCGACUUCUACUGGUACUACUCCGGCAAGGAUGUCAUCGAGGAGCAGGGCAAGAGGAACUUUUCCAAAGCCAUGUCCGUGGCUAAACAGGUGUUCAACAGCCUCACGGAGUACAUCCAGGGCCCCUGCACCGGGAACCAGCAGAGCCUGGCGCACAGCCGCCUCUGGGACGCCGUGGUAGGAUUCCUGCACGUGUUCGCUCACAUGAUGAUGAAGCUCGCUCAGGACUCAAGUCAGAUCGAGCUAUUGAAGGAGCUGCUGGAUCUACAGAAGGACAUGGUGGUGAUGCUGCUGUCGCUGCUCGAAGGGAACGUGGUGAACGGCAUGAUUGCCCGGCAGAUGGUGGACAUGCUUGUGGAAUCCUCAUCCAACGUGGAGAUGAUCCUCAAGUUCUUUGACAUGUUCCUGAAACUCAAGGACAUCGUGGGUUCUGAAGCUUUCCAGGACUAUGUCACUGAUCCCCGUGGCCUCAUCUCCAAGAAGGACUUCCAGAAGGCCAUGGACAGCCAGAAGCAAUUCAGUGGUUCAGAAAUCCAGUUCCUGAUUUCCUGCUCCGAAGCGGAUGAAAACGAAAUGAUCAACUUUGAAGAGUUCGCCAACCGCUUCCAGGAGCCAGCCCGUGACAUUGGUUUCAACGUGGCUGUGCUGCUGACCAACCUGUCGGAGCACGUGCCGCAUGACCCACGCCUGCGCACCUUCCUGGAGCUGGCCGAGAGCAUCCUCGAGUACUUCCGGCCUUACCUAGGCCGCAUCGAGAUCAUGGGAGCCUCACGCCGCAUCGAGCGCAUCUACUUCGAGAUCUCAGAGACCAACCGGGCCCAGUGGGAGAUGCCCCAGGUGAAGGAGUCCAAGCGCCAGUUCAUCUUCGACGUGGUGAACGAGGGCGGCGAGUCGGAGAAGAUGGAGAUGUUCGUGAGCUUCUGCGAGGACACCAUCUUCGAGAUGCAGAUUGCGGCGCAGAUCUCUGAGCCCGAGGGCGAGCCCGAGGAGGACGAGGACGAGGGGGCCGGCGAGGCGGGCGCCGAGGGCGCGGAGGAGGGCGCGGCGGCGGUGACCGAGCUCCUGGCGGGCAUGCCCGACCCCACGGGGGACGAGGUCCACGGCGAGCAGCCGGCCGGGCUCAGCGGCGACGCGGAUGGCGAGGGCGCCGGCGAGGGCGCGAGCGAGGCCGCGGAGGGCACGGGCGAUGAGGAGGCAGCGGCCCACGAAGCCGGGCCUGGAGGCGCCGACGGGGCCGCUGCGGCCGUCGAUGGGGGCCCCUUCCGGCCCGAAGGGGCCGGUGGCCUCGGGGACAUGGGUGACACGACGCCGGUGGAGCCGCCCACACCCGAGGGCUCCCCCAUCAUCAAGAGGAAGCUGGGGGUGGAAGGACAGGAGGAAGAGCCACUGCCUGAGCCCGAGCCGGAGCCGGAGCCCGAGCCGGAGCCUGAGAAAGCCGAUGCUGAGAAUGGGGAGAAGGAAGAAGUUCCUGAGGCCCCACCAGAGCCCCCUAAGAAGACAGAACCUGCUGCACCCCCUCCAAAGAAGGAGGAAUCUGGGGGCAUGGGCCAGGAAUUCUGGGGAGAACUGGAAGUGCAGAGAGUAAAGUUCUUGAACUACCUCUCCCGGAACUUUUACACCCUGCGGUUCCUUGCCCUCUUCUUGGCUUUUGCCAUCAACUUCAUCUUGCUGUUUUAUAAGGUCUCAGACUCUCCUCCGGGGGAGGACGACCUGGAGGGCUCAGCGGCUGGGGACCUGUCGGGCGCAGGAUCCGGCGGCGGCUCUGGCUGGGGCUCAGGAGCCGGUGAGGAAGCGGAGGGCGACGAGGAUGAGAACAUGGUAUACUACUUUCUGGAGGAGAGCACGGGCUACAUGGAGCCCGCCCUGCGCUGCCUGAGCCUGCUGCACACGCUGGUGGCCUUCCUCUGUAUCAUCGGCUACAACUGCCUCAAGGUGCCCCUGGUGAUCUUCAAGCGCGAGAAGGAGCUGGCCCGGAAGCUGGAAUUCGACGGCCUCUACAUCACGGAGCAGCCUGAGGACGACGAUGUGAAGGGGCAGUGGGACCGGCUGGUGCUGAACACACCGUCUUUCCCCAGCAACUACUGGGACAAGUUUGUCAAGAGGAAGGUUCUGGACAAGCAUGGGGACAUCUAUGGGCGGGAGCGGAUUGCCGAGCUGCUGGGCAUGGAUUUGGCCUCCCUGGAGAUCACAGCCCACAACGAGCGCAAGCCUGAGCCGCCCCCAGGGCUGCUCACCUGGAUCAUGUCCAUCGAUAUCAAGUACCAGAUCUGGAAGUUUGGGGUCAUCUUCACAGACAAUUCCUUCCUGUACCUGAGCUGGUACAUGGUGAUGUCCCUCCUGGGGCACUACAACAACUUCUUCUUUGCGGCCCACCUCCUGGACAUCGCCAUGGGAGUCAAGACUCUGCGUACCAUCCUCUCUUCCGUCACUCACAACGGGAAACAGCUGGUGAUGACGGUGGGCCUCCUGGCCGUGGUGGUCUACCUGUAUACCGUGGUGGCCUUCAACUUCUUCCGGAAGUUCUACAACAAGAGUGAGGAUGAGGACGAGCCUGACAUGAAGUGUGACGACAUGAUGACGUGUUACCUGUUUCACAUGUACGUGGGUGUCCGAGCUGGCGGGGGCAUUGGGGACGAGAUCGAGGAUCCAGCAGGCGAUGAAUAUGAGCUCUACCGGGUAGUCUUCGACAUCACCUUCUUCUUCUUCGUCAUUGUCAUCCUGCUAGCCAUCAUCCAGGGUCUCAUCAUUGACGCCUUUGGUGAGCUGCGAGACCAGCAGGAGCAAGUGAAGGAAGACAUGGAGACCAAGUGCUUCAUCUGCGGCAUUGGCAGUGACUACUUUGACACGACUCCUCACGGCUUCGAGACCCACACACUGGAGGAGCACAACCUGGCCAAUUACAUGUUUUUCCUGAUGUAUCUGAUAAACAAGGACGAGACAGAACACACCGGUCAGGAGUCUUACGUUUGGAAGAUGUACCAAGAGAGAUGCUGGGAUUUCUUCCCAGCUGGAGAUUGCUUCCGCAAGCAGUAUGAGGACCAGCUUAGCUGAGCGCCCCCAGCUGGCCCUCCGUCCCCACCCAAGUGCCUUAUUCUCAGAGCAAGCCCUGUAGCCCGUACCCCAUGUUCUGGAGAAAUAAAGUCUCCUACAUCCC